UCUCACAACCUACGUUCCGGUCGGCUGGCAGGUCGCUUUAAAUCCACGUUCAGACACGUUUGUGAUGUCUUUAAAGAAUUGUGCUCUGACUUAAACCUAGCCGAAAUAACGAGUUUCGUCCCCACCUUUCAUAAUUCGGGCCUGGUUCCCCGAAGCAUUACUAUUGGCGGGAUCACGUGCAUUGACUAGAAAACCGGAAAGCGAGAGGUAUAAACUGAACCACACACUCUGAAGUUCAGCCCACAGUGAGUUGCUAGAGAUCCAGAUCGGUCAAGGAAACCAGUUGUUCCUCUUAGUUUAUGGACUGAGAAUACAAGAGUAUAUUCGUGCUAAAUCAGGAGUGUUCUUCUCUUGGUCAAAAUAGACCGAGAAUUACUAGGACAGACAAUCUCUAAACGCUGACAACAUCCAGAAGCUUUUCCUUUCAUAUUGAUGUAUUAUAAUAUUCUAUUUGUUGAAUGCGGAAGUUCUUGAAAUCCCAGCCCUCAGCCCAUCUUUACUUCAAUCACCCAUGAACUCACCAACUCCCACUUAACGAACAAUUGUAAAUGUCGCCCGAGGUCACUGAAGGGUUCAUCUACUAGCUCUGCCCGCCGUGACCUCUCGUCGUGAAAUAUUUUAGUCACGCUUAAGCUUCAUUACUGUGUAAACCGGUUCCUAACGGGACUGAAAUACGAAGAACGUUGGAAAAGAAAGCCAGUUUUGUUUUAUUUUAUUGGUGUUAGGUUGGACGAAAAAUAGGAGAAAGCGGAAAAUCUAGUAAAUAUGCCGAAAAGUUCUAAAUCCAAAAAAAGUUUUCAUCAUGAUCAUCCUCUCACAACAGCCUUCAACGAUGGAUUUAAUGGCAGCAACAUCAGCGCCCCUAGUGAAAGUGGCGAAAGUCACGAGAUUAAAUUUACCAAAAAAGAGGGUUGUACUGCAACAACUUGUGUCUGUGUGUCUCUGGCCCUUCUUUUUGUGACGGUAGGAGCAGCAGUUGCAAUAUAUUACGGAUUGCACUACCUAAAUGCAGAAAGACAAAAUGAACGUGUCUUCAAAGGGAAGUUUUCUGUAAUAGACGGAGAUUUCUUCACAGAAAAACUUACAGAUGCAUUGUCUGUCGACUUUGAGAGAAAAGCAGAAAUUUACAAAAAUAAGCUGGAGUUGCUCUUCAACAACAGUCUAUACGGGAACAAUGUUGUACGUGUUGAAGUAUUAGCUCUAGAAAGUGGUCGCCAAAGCGAUGAUUUGGUUGUCCAUUUCAACGUCCAUCUGUCACCAGAAACCUUCGAAGGGGACGCAGCUGACCUCUACGUUAUUCUGAUGGAAGAACUAACCAGUUUAAAAUAUGGAAUUUUCAAGGGCUUGAAAAUUGACCAAGACUCUGUACAAAUACAAGAAAGAACACCUUCAGGAACGCAAUUAUCUGGCCCUUGGACCCCGCGCCAACAAUACCCUGGUUAUUUAGAAGGAUUCUCAACAGCUACUUUUCCUGUGACAUCACCUCGUCCCAUAGUACCGCCGCGUCGCUGUGGUCCAAUACAAUUGAAUUUCUGUAAAACUUUAUCUUACAACGUCACUUCUUACCCAAACAUGGUUGGUCACGGUGAUAUGUAUGAACUCGAAGAAGAUUUGGUGACGUACCGUCAGAUUGUUGACUUUGAGUGUUACACUCUCGCUCUUGAAUUUGUUUGCCAGAUUCUACAGCCUGAGUGUCAUCAUGAUGAAAUAAUUUCUCCUUGUAGGAAUUUCUGUGAAGAUUUUUGGAGCUCUUGUAAAAAUCUACUUCCUCAAAAAGUUUACGAGAAAAUCAACUGUUCGACUUAUCCAAGGUACAGCGGUCCAGGGUCUUGUAAACGUAAACCAGGUUGUGCUAAUGAGCUUAAAGCCAGAGGCCAAGCUGGCAAACUUUGCGAUGGAGUGGUCGACUGCCCUGAUUUUUCAGACGAAUCUUCAUGUGACUAUUGUGCACAAGGGCAGUUUUUCUGCGGUAAUAAGCAGUGUGUUGAUGAGGACAAAAGAUGUAAUACUGUUAAAGACUGUUUCAAUGGAGCAGAUGAACGAAACUGUUUGACCAUUGCACCAAGCACGGCUCAUCUUAGAGAAACUCCUCAGAGAAAAUACUCCGAAGGAUAUUUGAUCUUCAAUGAAAAGGGCAAGUUUGGAAAAAUCUGUACGGAUUCCUUGAAUGAAACAAUCCCCUCUCCUAGACGAGAUAUUAUUCUCCAGAGCUUAGCCGUAUCGACCUGUAAUAUGUUAAACUACAAAACAGCAGAUUAUGUAGAAAUGCGUGAGGAUGCAGAAAUAGAAGACCAAUAUAUGGAGCUGGAAGACUCAUUACUAUCUAGUGUGAAGUUCUCUGAGACAUCCUGUGAAAAUCGCCAUGUUGUCUACAUGAGAUGUGGAAACCUUGAAUGUGGAGUUAAUCCAGCACAAAGCCAGUUUAUCAACAGUCUUCAGCCUGUAAAACCACAAAACGUAACCCAUGGUAACUGGCCCUGGCAUGCAAUUCUGUUGCAGAAUGGAGAACACGUCUGUGAUGCUACUUUAGUGGACCAAGUGUGGGUCAUCACCUCCACUGUCUGUUUCAACAAGUACCCUAGAGCCCAGUGGGCUAUCCGUGUGGGUAGUGUAAGAAUAUCAUCAUCUUCUCCUUACGAACAGGAACGAAGUGUAGCUGGAGUGGUCAAAUCACCGUUUGAAGCUGGAGGAGUGACUUUAAUCAAACUGAAUAAAUCGGUGGACAUCACAGAUUACACUACACCUGUGUGUCUUCCUCAACUGAACACCACCACUUUACCAGGAGAUCAGUGUUUCUCAUUGGGAUGGGAUAUUAAAGGCGAUCAGUUACAGCAAGUAAAGGUUAAUAUAAACUUCCCAGGCAUGUGCAAGUUCAACAAAUCAUCUACAGAUCAACGUUUAAUACACCACGACAGUAAGAACUUAUGUGCUGCAAUGAUUGGAGAUUCCCCAAAGAUAUGUAUGGGGAAGGAAGUAAGUGGACGACCUUUACUUUGUCAAAAAGAUAACCACUGGUAUCUAGCGGGAAUUGGAAGUAUGAAAAGGCACAUCCUAGGGAGUAGGCUACACCGUGGUUUACGAGUUACAGCUGGCGGAAAAGAAGAAAAAAUCACUGUUUUUGCAGCCCGUUUUCUAGAAGUCAAGGAAGGUUAG